GCCGCGACAGAGAGCCAGCCCCGACCGCUACCGGCGCCUCGCCAGCCUGCGCCGCAAGCGGGGCGGGACGUCGCCGGGACACACCCUCUGCCGCGGCGGAAAAGCAGGCAGAGACCAACUACCGGCUGAGGCUACGCCGGCCCGGCCACUGGCUGUAGCGAAGCUGUCUGCUGGGGUGCUGGGGCAAAUAGGCUUCGCUUUCGUCCUAAGACGCCGGUCUCGACUGCUCGUACACGCAGAUGCAGCACAGUGGAAAAAGGCAGGUGCCCUCCGCUCUGGCAGGCUCAGGGGGCGGGCGCUGCGCGACUGCAUGGGGUUUGUUCCGGCGCGGCGCCUUCGGCAUCGGCGCUGAGGGCGGCAGGCGUGGCGGUCAGGGAGUCACUGCAAGGGCACUUGUUCUGGGUCAGGUGGAGAAAACACCAUGGUUUGAGUGUGUUUUCGAGAAGUGAUGGUGGAACGGACACAACAGAAUGUAAGCUCUCAGUGCCUUUGUGCCGGUGCCGGGUGCCAGCAGCCGGGUGCCAGCAGCCCUCUGCCCCGCAGCUGAGGGAUCGGCGGCCGCCGCCGGAGGCUCAGCGAAAGUUACUAUAGGAGUUUGUUACCACUGAUCGGGUACUUCAUGCAAUGACAGUCUUUGAAAAGAACCUGCACCAGAAAAUUAUUUCUGAGCUGCAUAAUUUUGCUGCCCUCGGAGAUGCAGCCAAACUGAAAGCAUUGCUUAAGCAAUCUCCAUCACUUAUCAAUGCAGCUGCAGAUAACGGCUGGACAGCCUUGAUGUAUGGCGCCAGAAAUGGACAUUUUGAGGUUGUGCAGAUUCUUCUUGAAGAAGGGUGUGACACAUCCAUUGUUAAUAAAUCAAGGCAAACAGCUCUGGACAUUGCCAAAUUUUGGGGAUACAAGCACAUAGUGAAUUUGUUGGCAGGUGUGAAUGGUGGACAGAGGCCUACUUUUCUGUCAGGUGAAGUAAAGGAAUGUGAAAAUUAUUUUGGCUUAACACUUUUGGACAGAAAAAGCAUUAAAAGAACGGAUUCCAAGUGGCUAAGUGAAAAGCAAACCCAUCCAACUACAGUAUACCUCCUCUUCUCAAAUCUAACUCCUUUGGUUACUUCGAGUGGGGGAAUAGAGGGCUCUGAGCAGCAAGAAGUAAAGCUUUGCAGGCUGUGCUACAAGGAUGUGGAGCAGUACAUAAACCAAACUGAAGAAGGCACCUUAAUUUUUCUUGGAGUUGAACUUACGUUCCACAUGAAUGUGGUGGGCGCUUGCAGUGAAAGAGCUCUACAAGAUGAAAAAGAUGAGUUAGUUGCUUGGUUUGCUCUUAGCAUAGAUUCUGCUUCUGCUGAGAAGUUCAAACAGAAUCACAAGGAUUGCUACUUUCUUCACCCACCAAUGCCAGGACUACUUUGGCUACCUGACAAAGAAGCUGGAGUGGUAGCCCAGGCUAGGUCUGUUCUAGCAUGGCACAGUCGCUACCAGUUCUGCCCAACAUGUGGGAGUGCAACCAGGAUUGAAGAAGGAGGUUACAAGAAAGUCUGCUUAAAAGAAGAUUGUCCCAGUCUCCAGGGGGUUCACAACACAUCGUAUCCAAGAGUUGAUCCUGUUGUGAUAAUGCAAGUCAUCCAUCCAGAUGGGAACCACUGCCUUUUAGGUAGGCAGAAGAGGUUUCCACCAGGAAUGUUUACCUGUCUCGCUGGAUUUAUUGAACCUGGUGAAACAAUAGAAGAUGCUGUUCGUAGAGAAGUAGAAGAGGAGGCAGGAGUCAAAGUUGGCCAUGUUCAGUAUGUUUCUUGUCAACCAUGGCCCAUGCCCUCUUCCCUAAUGAUUGGCUGCUUAGCUGUUGCAUCAUCUACAGAAAUUAAAGUUGACAAGAAUGAAAUAGAGGAUGCCCGAUGGUUCACAAGAGAAGAGGUCAUGGAAGUUCUCAUGAAAGGAAACCGACGUUCUUUCUUUGUACCACCAAGUCAAGCUAUUGCACACCAGUUGAUAAAACAUUGGAUUGGAAUGAAUGCUAAUCUUUAAUUCCAAUAAUUGAUUAUGCUAUACCUAUGAAUAAAAUCAUGUCAUCUGUUGAGCCUUCUGGAAAUGAGAAAGAAGCAAUACAGUGCUUCCCUUAAAAUUGCUUUUACAGAAAAGAGGAAGUGUAAACUACAGCUAACAGCCGAAGCACAGAUUAUCAGUGGAAGUCCUCUCUUCUAAAAAUUGUGUGGACAGAAGGAAGCCAAAUUUACAAGUCAUUCCUGGAAAUAAAGGAAGACAUUGGACUGUGUGGAAACAGUAAUGCAAGUUAAGCUAUGCAAAGAAUAUUUAACUAUUAAUACAAUGAUUACACAUUUAGAAAAAUGAGCAAGGAAGGAAGAAAUGAGCAGAUGGAGAUAGUAAGAUAUUAAGAAUCAGACUAUUUUUUCUAAUUGAGCAUCUGUAUAAACAAUAUAUUUCUACAAUUAAAGUGCUAAUAAAUAAUUUCAAAAUUUUUAUUUUACUGUGUGAAAAUGCUUUAAAAAGUUUAGUUUGAAAAAUAAAGCUUCAUUAAUCUCUGAG